AUGGCAGGAAGUGAGUCGACAGAUCCCUGGACGACUAGGAAAAAAAGCAAAUCUUCAAGAUCCUCGGGCAGCGGAUGGAUGUUCUUCACGAUGGCAUUCAUGGCCAAUCCAGCGAUUAGCCAAUAUCCACAUCCUCCAGAUACCUCCGUGCCUCUUCGCGUGACAAACCACUGCCCCGAAAUUAUAUGGCCGGCGAUUCUCACGCAGAACGGUGUCGGCCCUGAAAGCUCGGGGUUCGUGCUCGCGCCUGGCGAUUCAAGUCGACAGACCGUCAGCGGGGACUGGCGAGGGAGAGUUUGGGGGAGGACAAAUUGCUCGUUUCCGUCCGCGAGUGGGCCAGCGAGCGGGCAGGGUGGCUCUGCGUGCCAGACGGGCGAUUGUGGCAUGUAUCUUGAGUGUCAGGGUUCGGAUUUCGUGAGAAUUGUUGUACUGAACCGCGGCAUGGUAAAGGGAGCGGCACCCGCAACGUUGGCGGAAUUUACUCUGUCGAGUAACACACAUCAGAGUUUUUACGACAUCUCGCUGGUCGACGGCUACAAUCUUCCUAUGGGGAUCAUAUCUCUGCUCGGACAGACUGGCAAUUCGUCGUUGACUGAUGUUCCACCCAAUCUCACCAACCCUGUUUGCAUCGGGACUGCAUCCCUACUUGCUCCAAUCGGAGACACCUCCGACGCGACGUUUGGGACAAACACCACGUUUCCAAUCCCACUCGAGCAGACAGUCACUCCUUUGUUCAUCCAACAGUGGUGUCCAUGGCCACUACAGCAGACUCCACCUGAAAAGCCUGGUGAUGGCAUUUAUCCAUAUCCAGACGACAAAAUCCAGCGGCCACCCUUCAACCCAUGUCUCAGUGCAUGUGCGAAAUGGAACAAGCCCGAAUACUGUUGUACUGGUAAGCAUAAUACACCGGCCUCGUGCUCACCCAGUCUUUACUCCAUCCAAGCAAAGAAAGUUUGUCCAGACGCGUACAGUUAUGCAUAUGAUGAUCAGACAAGUACCUUCAUCAUCCCUCAGGGCGGAGGCUUUGAAAUCGUCUUCUGUCCUGCUGGCCGGAGCUCCAACAUUCUGGCCACUUUCGGUGACCAAAUGCGUCAAUUGGCACAGACUGGUCACGUCACGAGAGAUAUUGUGGAACUGGCGCAGAAUGUCACCUAUAUACGAGAAAAAAGUGACGCUAACACUGCCAUCACUGAGCCCAGCGCAAGUCUGAGAGCGUUGGUCAUCUUCCUCGUCUGCAUUUGCCUGGGAGAUUUCUCGUUGGCUUGA